ACAAAGGGGAAACCAAUUCCAGCGCUGCCUCUGAUGUUGUCUAACAAGAAAGAAGGAAGUAGCUUUGACGGUGCCAAAAAACAACAACAACAACGAAAAACGUAAAUAAAAAUAAAUAUUUCGCCAGUGUGUUUUGGAUGAGCGCAUGAAACCGAUGCCAGCAAAGCUUGAGUGUGGACACCGGCGGAUUGAACAGAUGAAGUCUGCGGCCACAGCAGUUUCCACGAUUGUAGCUCUUGCUUUGUUUGGCGCAUUGUAUGUCGGAGCCAAAACAGUAAUAUCUGUUGAUGAUGUUCAGUCCAUACGUGUUGACCUGGAUCUGUCCCAUGUGGCCCGACGGGUGGACGAAAGGUUUCUCUCUGUGGCUAUAGAUGCGAGUUUAAUCGCCGAGGAGAGGUUCAUGAACCUACUGAAUUCACCAACGUUAAGAACCCUUGCCAAAGCCUUGGUCCCAGCGUUUCUGCGAUUUGGAGGUACCAAACAAGAUUUUAUGACAUUCAAUCCACGCGGAAGAUAUUUUCAAGCGAGAGACAACAGCAGCAGCGCUGUUCUAGAAAAAUUAUGUGAGAGACUUGAAUUGCCUCCAUUGUUGGAAAAUAGGUUAAAGCAAGAAUGGGUCCUACAGUCAAAGACUUUACUUCAGGAGGAACUAGAGGGAAAAUACAAAAAGACUAAAUUCUCUGCAUGCACCUGGCAUCACUAUUAUGUGAAUGGCCGAGACACGUCUUUACAUGAUUUCCUUGACCCUGAAGUGCUUGAUACUCUCGCAACAAAAAUUAACGAGGUCCUCGAGAUUGUUGAAUCUGUUUCUCCGGGGAAGAAGGUUUGGCUAGGAGAGACAAGCUCGGCAUAUGGUGGAGGUGCUGUUGGCCUCUCCGACACAUUUGUAGCUGGUUUCAUGUGGCUGGACAAACUGGGACUUGCUGCCAAACUUGGUUUGGAUGUCGUCAUUAGACAGGUGUUAAUUGGUUCUGGCACUUACCAUUUAGUGGAUGAUAACCUAGAUCCUCUUCCAGAUUAUUGGCUAUCAUUGCUAUACAAAAGGCUUGUUGGCCCAGAGGUUUUAAAAGCAGAAGUUAAUAUGAAUUCAAGACCAAAGAAACCAAUACGGGUAUACCUUCACUGCACCAACAGAAAAAGCACACAUUAUAGACCAGGUGCUGUGACCUUAUUUGCCUUAAACCUAAACAAAAAUGAAGUCACUAUUAUUCUGCCUGACCAUAUGGCCAACAGCACAAUUGAAGCAUUUGUGCUACAAUCAGCUGAGGCUGGUGAACAGAGUCUUUAUUCCAGGUCAGUCAAAUUGAAUGGACAAGUGCUGAGGAUGGUGGAUGACCGAACACUUCCUCCGUUGAAGGGACGUGAGCUGCCGCCUGGAGAACACAUCAAGCUGCCUGGGUUCUCAUUUGCAUUCUAUGUUCUGAUUGAAGCACAAGCUCUGGUGUGCAAAUGAGCUCUUAUAAAGACUGCUUUUACUGGAGAAUCAGGGACACAAAAUGUGUGAUGACAAAAUAUUUUGCUGUGAGAUUGUUAUGUGAGGGAACUUCAAACUCAAAUAAAACGAAUCAGUCUCUUAGUAUAAAAUCAGCAUUUUUUAUUUAUGAAAAUUCAUAUUUAUUACAAAUAUCAAGCUGUAGCCACAAAGAACUUGUUUAAUAUUUCAUGAACAA